ACCUUAGGAACCUAACUUGCUUCGAGCUUGCUUCCUAUCGUGCCUCUUGUCCUUCCCCAUCCCUCACCGUACAUCACAUCAAAGGGUCAAAAUGCACUGCAAGCGUGUUGCCUUUGGCCUCCUGGCCGCCGCCGCGGCUGUCGCCGCCGCUGACGAUUCGGACGUCACCCAGCUCAAGAAGGACACCUUCGAUGACUUUGUCAAGACCAACGACCUCGUCCUUGCUGAGUUCUUUGCUCCCUGGUGCGGCCACUGCAAGGCCCUCGCUCCCGAGUACGAGGAGGCUGCCACGUCCCUGAAGGAGAAGAACAUCAAGCUCGCCAAGAUUGACUGCACUGAGGAGGCCGACCUCUGCCAGACCUACGGCACGCUCGUCGUCGUCGUCGUCUUCCUCCUCCUGCUGCUCCACCUUUUGCUGCCCAAACCGGGCCAGCGCCGCCGCGGCACGCAGCUCCCUGCCCCUCGCACUGCCAGCAACCCUCGGCUUGGCGGCCGUCUUCCUGCCCUUCUCGAGCUCGCUCUUGACGGCCUCGUCGGCGCCGAGUGCGACGCCGUUGGCGCCAAACUUUUUCAGGAUGCGCCUCUCCUUCUGCUCCCGUCUCUGCCUGCUGUCUCUCUGCUCACCAAGGACACCCUUGAGGAGUUCAAGACUGCCGACAAGGUCGUCCUCGUCGCCUACAUUGCCGCCGAUGACAAGGCCUCCAACGAGACCUUCAACAAGGUCGCCGAGAGCCUCCGCGACAACUACCUCUUCGGCGGUGUCAACGAUGCCGCCGUUGCCGAGGCUGAGGGCGUCAAGGCCCCUGCCAUUGUCCUCUACAAGUCUUUCGACGAGGGCAAGACCACCUUCUCCGACAAGUUCGAGGUCGAGGCCAUCGAGAAGUUCGCCAAGACCUCCGCCACUCCCCUGAUUGGCGAGGUCGGCCCUGAGACCUACUCCGGUUACAUGGAGGCCGGCCUUCCCCUGGCCUAUAUCUUCGCCGAGACGGCCGAGGAGCGUGAGGAGCUCUCCAAGGCUCUCAAGCCCAUCGCCGAGAAGCAGCGUGGUGUCAUCAACUUCGCCACCAUUGACGCCAAGUCUUUCGGUGCCCACGCCGGCAACCUGAACCUCCAGGCUGACAAGUUCCCUGCCUUCGCCAUCCAGGAGACGGUCAAGAACCAGAAGUUCCCCUUCGACCAGGAGAAGAAGAUCACCGUCGAGGAGAUCACCUCUUUCGUCGAUGACUUCGUCGCUGGCAAGAUCGAGCCCAGCAUCAAGUCUGAGCCCAUCCCCGAGACCCAGGAGGGUCCCGUCACCGUUGUUGUGGCCAAGAACUACGAGCAGAUUGUGCUUGACGACACCAAGGAUGUUCUCAUUGAGUUCUACGCCCCCUGGUGCGGUCACUGCAAGGCUCUGGCCCCCAAGUACGAGGAGCUCGCCACCCUCUACAGCGAGAGCGAGUUCAAGGACAAGGUUGUCAUUGCCAAGGUUGAUGCCACCCUGAACGACGUUCCCGAUGAGAUCCAGGGCUUCCCCACCAUCAAGCUGUACCCCGCCGGCGGCAAGUCUGAGCCUGUCACCUACUCGGGCUCCCGCACUAUUGAGGACCUCAUUGAGUUUGUCCGUGACAACGGCAAGUACAAGGCCGAGGCCUCCAAGAAGGAGGAGGUUGUUGCCGAGGAGAGCCAGGCCGCGCCCGCCGCCACCGAGGGUGAGGCCGCCAAGGAGUCUGACGAGUCUCACGAUGAGCUGUAAACGAUUUACUGGGAUAAAAUUGGGUUUUGCGUGAAAGGAGGGGGCCAUGUCCCGGAUAGGACUUUUGAUACCUCCAUGUUCUUCAGUUAGUUCACGAUGCAUCCAGAUGGGGUAAUGCAAAUCAUGAAUC